UAGCACUUUUACAUCUGAAAGCAGCUAGUACAGGGUAUUAGUGCCAUCACCACUGUUUGUCCUCCUGCCUUUCCAUCUCUCUCUCUCUCUCUCUCUCUACAUGUUUAUGCUACAAGCUGGAGUUUGGUGCAUGAUGAGGCUUCCAGGGACAUGAGUUGCAUGGAGGUCCCAUGUGUCUUCCCGGCCUAACACCUUAAUGCUUUGGACACUGGGGAGAUGCUAGCCAGUUGCUAGGAGGUGCACAAGCACAAAACUGACUUCACCAGAUUUCAGGGAUCCCAGCUCCUAGAAAUCUUGCACUACCUACAGGGAUAUUUGUUUAUUUUCACCAUCAACCAGGUAGCACACAGCAUCUAUCCCUCGAAGAAAAUCUAGAUUACCUUAUCCUGGAUUUUUCUGCCUCCUUGAAAAGCUGCCCUGAUCUGCCACUCACAACUUUGUCACUAAUGUGGCCAGCACCCUGUCUCUGUAUUGGAUUAUCGACAUCUAUGUGUGUUGUGUGGUCUGGGCGCAGGUCACAUCAUCAGCACAAGGUGAGUCAGCCUAAUCAAUCCACAAGACCCCCUUAAAACGCAAUCAUAUGCAUGCGUGACUCUAGUUGUGAAGUCACGCUUGCAUAAACUCCAAACAAACAAGUGCGUACAAGAAACAUCUCAAUAAUAUACGACCCUCUUUCCCGAAGAUAUUACGAAGGCGAAAGCACAGAGCUAGGGGGGGUAGGAUGGGCUAUGGGGCUCACCCAAAGCUAGCUAUCAAGAAAGAGCACGCCACACACACACACACACACACAAUGGGAUGUGUGGUCCUGAAAGCUCCUCUCUUCCUAGAGUAUAUAUAUUGGAAGUGGCCGAUGAGAAGGUCCACAUCUCUGUCACCUCACAAUUUUCCAUGGGAUUGAUUGAGGUCCAGCUUUUUAGCUGGCAGGUCUUAAGGUUUCAGAGUUUUUCCUUUCAAUUUAUCAAGGACUAGGCCAACAAUACAUCGCAAUGAAGUACAUGAAGCUCGGUUCAAAACCUGAUACGUUCUAUACCGAAGAAGCAGUCAGGUCAGUCGUAUCAGACAUACCCGCCGAUCUCAUUAUCCAUGUAAAUAACACCAAGUAUCAGCUACACAAGGUGUUGUUUACCUGUAGUUCCCACUGCUCCUCAAGUGCGGCCUCCUGCAGCGCCUCUGCUCCGACACCGACGACGGCGAUGAGGAGCCGGUGCCCGUGGCGCUGCACGACAUCCCUGGCGGCGAGCAGGCCUUUGAGCUGUGCGCCAAGUUCUGCUACGGCAUCUCCAUCAGCAUCAGCGCCGGGAACCUGGUGCCCGCGAUGCUGGCGGCGCGCUUCCUCCGGAUGACGGAGGCCGUCGCCAAGGGCAACCUGGUGGCCAAGCUCGAGACCUUCUUCGACUCCUGCGUCCUGCAGGGCUGGAAGGACUCGGUCGCCGCGCUGCAGGCCGCGUGGCGGAUCUCCGGCUGGAACGAGAGCCGCAUCGUACAGCCCUGCAUCGACUCCAUCGUCGAGAAGAUCCUCCUGCCACCGUCCAAGGUCACGUGGUCCUACACGUACACGAGGCCAGGGUACAACAGCACGAGGAAACCCCACCAGUCCGUCCCCAAGGACUGGUGGACGGAGGACAUCUCCGACCUGGACAUCGAGGUCUUCCGCUCCGUCAUCUCCACCGUGCGCGCGUCGCGGCUGCUCCCACCGCCGCUCAUCGGCGAGGCGCUGCACGUCUACGCGUGCAAGCACCUCGUCGACCCGCUCCACGUUGCCAGCGACGCAGGACUGACCGCCAACGGCGUCCUCCACCAGCCGCCGCAGAGCUCAGACGACGGCGAGGAGAAGCUGGUGGCCAUGCAGCGCCGCGUGCUCGAGUCCAUCGUCACCAUGGUCCCGGGCGAGCCGGGGUCGGUCACCGGCCGCUUCCUACUAAGGCUGCUGCGGGUGGCCAACUACGUCAGCGCGUCGUCGUCCACGCGCGCGCAGCUGAUCCGGCAGGCCGGCUCCCAGCUCGACGAGGCCAGGGCGGCGGACCUGCUCAUCCCGCUGCCAUCGGACCCGCACGCGUACGACGUCGGCACGGCGGAGGCCGUGCUCGAGCACUUCCUGGCCCAGUUCCAGCGGCCCGCGCCGACCGACGAGCGGCGUCGGAUGAGCGCCGCCAUGGAGAAGGUCGCCAGGAUCUUCGACGAGUACCUGCGGACCAUCGCGCUGGACCGCAGCUUCCCUGUCGGCAAGUUCGUUGACCUCGUCGAAUGCUUGCCGGACAUCGCCCGCAGUGACCACGACGGCCUCUACUACGCCAUCGACAUCUAUCUCAAGGAGCACCCGGAGCUGAGCAAGGCGGAUAAGAAGCGGUUGUGCCGGCUGAUAGACUGCAGGAAGCUGUCGCCAGACGUGCGGGCGCAGGCGAUAGCCAACGACCGGAUGCCACUGCGCACCAUUGUACAGCUUCUCUUCGUCGAGCAGGAGCGGACCAUCGGUGCAGCCGCCGGCAGCCAUGCUGCUUCCGGUGGCGCCGCAGAUCGGGCCUCCGUCGGUGUUAUCUCCCAGCUCGCGGCGGGAACCAAAGAUGAAGAACCAGCCUCGUCUGCUGGCCACAAGUCAGACGUGCACAGACCACGCCGGGACCAUGCCCGGGUAGCCGAUGGAGCCUCUGCCAUGGCGAGGUCGCUGUCGGCGUCAACCAAGACUCCACCGGCAGCGAGGAAGGAGAGGACGCCGGAGGAGACGGGGAGCAGGAUGAGGAACAAGCAGUGAAGCCCAGUGCACAAUUUGUUCAUACUUGUGAUUCUUGAUUAUAUUUUUUUUAUUUCAGUGCAUCCCAUUUUUGGUGGGAGAUGUAAGAGGUAGAUUUUUGUAAUUAAAAUGGAUAAGGAGUUAAUAAGUGGCUACGUGCAGUCAUGCUCAUAUAAUCUAGGGUAGCUCACCGAUGAACAAAGGUUCGUGUUCA